CGGUCCGCGGAAGCCCGCGAGCGUUCGAGCCUAGGGAACUCCGCGCCGUCAGAUCACCAGGUUCGCCUCUGUGUCCCGGCGCCGCCGCGCCCUCUCUUCCGAUGGCCACAGAUGUCUUCAAUUCCAAAAACCUGGCUGUGCAGGCACAAAAGAAGAUCUUGGGGAAAAUGGUGUCCAAAUCCAUCGCCACCACCCUCAUCGAUGACACGAGCAGCGAGGUGUUGGAUGAGCUCUACCGGGUGACCAAGGAAUACACCCAGAACAAGAAGGAGGCAGAGAAGAUCAUCAAGAACCUCAUCAAGACCGUCAUCAAGCUGGCCAUUCUUUACAGGAAUAACCAGUUCAACCAAGACGAGCUGGCGCUGAUGGAGAAAUUCAAGAAGAAAGUCCACCAGCUGGCCAUGACCGUGGUCAGCUUCCAUCAGGUGGAGUACACCUUUGACCGGAACGUGCUGUCCCGCCUGCUGAACGAGUGCAGAGAGAUGCUCCACCAGAUCAUCCAGCGCCACCUCACGGCCAAGUCGCACGGACGGGUUAAUAACGUCUUUGACCAUUUUUCCGAUUGUGAUUUUUUAGCUGCCUUAUAUAACCCCUUUGGGAAUUUUAAGCCCCACUUACAAAAACUCUGCGAUGGUGUCAACAAAAUGCUGGACGAGGACAACAUCUGACCAUGUGAAUUAAGACUGCAACCGCUCAUGAUUUCUUUGAAAAUGGAGCA